AUGGAUACAACAAGGUCACUUGCUAUUUAUUUUCAAAUGGCGACUGGAAACGGACAUAUAGGAAAAGAAAAAUGUACUAGCAAGGCUAUGGAACGUCGUAAUGCAAGAGAACGAAAUCGGAUAAGUCACAUGAAAACACAAUUUAAAAAGUUACAGACUAAACUACCAGAAGAUUGGCAAACUAACAAAAUGAGUAAACUUGAUGUUUUGAAAAAGACUAUUCGAUAUAUUCGUCAACUUGAAGAUGUGUUAUCUGGAAAGCAGCAAUUUGAUGUCGAUUUUUGGGCUAUGUGUAACCCAAUGAUUCAAAAUAAGAACGAUUUCAGUGGCAGUUCGCAGACAAUAAGAACAGUUAAAUAUCAGUCAGCACAACUUAACAAAGCAAAUUGCAAUCGUCCUAAACGUGAAGAUAAAUCGUCAGAUUCGGGUCAAGAUGAAACAGAAGAUAUCAUGCAUUCAUCGGACAAUGUAAAAAAUUGUGUAUAUUCAGAAAACAGUCAGUAUAUGUCUUGUGGAUCUAUAACAACUUCUCAAUGGACUGAUAAAAAUACUAAACAAAAUGACAUACAACAUGAUUUGGAUAACAUCUGGAUAAGUUGA